AUGGAUUCAGUAGCUGAGAUGGUGAAGCUGCGUCGCAUCCUCCUGGUGACAUUUCCAGGGCAAGGCCAAAUAAAUCCGUCCCUCCAAUUUGCCAAGCGGCUUGUAAGAAUGGGGGUGGAGGUGACCUUUGCAACCGCCUUCUCCGCGGUCAAUCGCAUGUCCAAGAGUACCACUUAUCCUCAAGGUUUGAAGGUGGUGGGCUUCUCCGACGGACAUGAUGAUGGCCUCAAAGAUGAGAUGGACUACGAAGCAUAUAUGGCAGAUUUGAGGAGGCGUGGAUCCGAGGCAGUCGCACAUCUCGUCACUUCCGAAGCCCAAAAAUCCCUGCCGUUUGAUCAUCCUGCUGCCAUGUUGGAUAUCUACUACUAUUACUGCAAUGGAUACGGGGACGCCCUUAAAAAAAUCAGCGGCUCUGAUUCGUUGUGCGCGGUUGAGAUGCCAGGUCUCCCACCUCUACGUGGCCCUGAUCUUCCCUCCUUUGUCCAAGCUACUAAUUGGUACAAGUUUGCACUUCCAUUAUUUAAGGAGCAUUUGGAGAUUCUUGAAUCAGAAAAUAAUCCGAAGGUUUUGUUGAACACUUUCGAAGCCUUGGAACCUGAUGCCCUCCGAGACGUGGAGAAGCUCAAUUUGGUUGGUAUAGGACCACUUAUCCCGUCGGCUUUCUUAGACGGGAGAGAUCCGUCCGACACUUCAUUUGAAGGAGAUCUCUUCCAAGUAUCGAGUGAUUACAUUCAGUGGUUGAAUUCAAAGCCACAAGGAUCCGUCAUAUACGUAGCUUUGGAAGCUACUCGGUGUUACCAAAGCAACAAGUGGAGGAAAUUGCCAUUGGGCUGCUAG